CGCGCUGCUCUCACAGCCGCCGCCGCCGCAGCCCCGAGCGGACCCCGCGCAGGUUAAGCAAAAUGCAGGCUCCUUUGGCUCUCAGCUCUCCAGCUCUGUUCCGGUGCUGUUCCAGGGCUCUGGCCAGACCAGUUUCAGUGUCUGUUUUCAGCAGGCCCGAGGCUCCGACUGUACAGCCAGCUGGCGUUUCCCAUCCACAGCUGACCCGCCGCGAGUUCCAAACCAGCGCUGUUUCCAGGGACAUUGACACUGCUGCUAAGUUCAUUGGUGCCGGUGCUGCCACGGUCGGGGUGGCUGGUUCAGGAGCGGGUAUUGGGACGGUGUUUGGCAGCUUGAUCAUUGGCUAUGCCAGGAAUCCAUCUCUCAAGCAGCAGCUCUUCUCCUAUGCCAUCCUGGGCUUUGCCCUGUCUGAGGCCAUGGGUCUCUUCUGUUUGAUGGUGGCAUUCCUUAUCCUCUUUGCUAUGUGACAACUUCUGGUCCUGGCUGCGGCUUCCAUCACUCUGUCCUCUGCGGUUUGAGUCUGCUUCCAUCAGAGCGUUCCAGACUGACAAUUAAAGAAAAGAUUUCUCUAAAUAAACUGGUGGCUUAAUUUUUUUUCUUUA